UUCGGACCUCAGCGACUCUAGGGAGGGCGAGUGAGGACACGCGCGGGCUUUUGACCUCCCUUCAGAUUGGCAGGCCGUUUCUCGUGGACGAAUAUCCGUUUCCCAGGUUGGCAGAUAGUCUGCGAGAGCGGGAAAUCUUGUUGAAACUCGAGGAAAGAGGAGACCGCACGUUUGUUUCGUUUAUCACUCGUAGACCGCGCCGUUGAUUCGAGAUGAGCGUGAAACUGAACAGUCUGCUCAGCCAGAAGGACCGGCAGCAGCUGCUCGAAUUGGUGCGGGAGACCUCGUCUGACGAGCUCGCCAGGACAAUAUCCAGCGGGAUUUGCAACGCGGACAUCGCCCGGCUGCUGGACGAGGUCCUGCAGAUGUGCUCCGAGUCGGAGAGCCUGCACGUCAAGAGGGUCGUACUGGUGGAGUCCGCCUUGAAGGCCCUGGGCAAGUCCAAGGUUUCGAUCAGUCACGCGAACGAGAUCGUGAAUCGGAUAGUGGUAGACUUUCCCACGUACCCGAAGCUACACCUGGUCAGGCUGGUGGACUUCUGCCUCGCCAGUAUUUGCAACAAUGACGACGAGUUCAGGAGCUGGAAGGAACUGUUGCCGGUCCUGCUGGAAGUGUUGGAGGAGGAGAGAUACAUCAGUUACAUGAACGGCGAGGUGUCCGGCUCCAAGUACAAGUCUCUAAUUGUUAAUAAUAUAUGCAACAGCAAGUGGGACACGCAGAUAAUGCCGUCGCUGGCAAGAAUGUUCAGAGACAUAUCCUUGGAGAAGGAGGACCACGCCACGGUAAUCACAGUACUCUGCACAAAAAUGCAGGGUAUACAUGUUGAGGAAGUGCCUCCCUUUGUGCACCAGUCAUUGAGAUUGUGCACUAAUCAGGAUGGUAAAUACCUCUUGGAGGCAUUACGGAAGUAUUUCACGGUGCGCCUCUCACAGACCGACAGUGCUGACACUUUGGACACUAUAGAUGUGAUAAAUCCGAGAGAAGUUCAAGACGUUGAAAGCACAGUAUUGUAUCAUAUAUCUCAAGCGGCAGAAUUGAACCACCAACAUAUAAGAGACUACGUUAAGUACUUCAAAAGCGUGUCACACGUCCCCGAAGCUGUAUUGGAGCCUUUUAUGCUCUCCGUGCUGCUCACAGUUGCUUUCAUCGACGAGAGUCAGAUUUUCGAGAUGCUGCGGGCGAUCAUCAAUAAACGUAACGAAAGUGACAGUAAACGGAAAAAUAGCGCAUGGUUGAGAAAAUUGAUUCCCGAAUCUUGUAGCACAAUGGCCGUAAUGGUAAACGUCAUCGAGGCGAGUAACAGGGAUCGUCAUUUAGUAUUGAAAGGCCUCGUGGAUCUCGCAGUUGUUCUUAUGGCUAUUGAGAAUAAGGUGAAAACGGACGCGCAUCCUUUAUGGCAGAUCGGUACCAAGAUACUCCAGAAGAUCAUGAGAAAGCAUCACGAAACGGUCGCGACUGUAUUUCAAUUGUUAAUUGAUAAGAUAAUCGCCGGUGGAUCGUGCAUUUCUCAAUAUACCGAUUGUUUAGCGUAUAUGUGUCGCAAGUUAACAGUUUUGGUAUUGGAUCAUCAAGAGUCCAUAAUAAUGCUCUUGGAUCAGAUCUCGUCUAUACCCGGAGAUAGGGCCAUUUUUAUCGUUUCCGCGAUAUUUCCACUGAUACGAGUCUCAAUCAGCAUAAGAGAUCAUUUGCUUUUGACAUUGAGGCAAGCUCUCUACAGAAAGGGCACGUUAAAGCGACAAAUGGCAGUCAGUGGAAUUCUGGAAAUGUUGAGGAAUCUGAAUAUGCACACUCUGAGCGGUCUCGCGAUGAGCUCGAGUCAAUACCUCAAUUCGUCGUCGACUGGGGCGAGUACCACGUCCAUCUUGACUCAGGUGACAUUAGAGAGAGGUACACAAGCACGAUCUACCACGAGAUACAAUAGAACUUUAUGUUACGAUAUAUUGGGCAUUUUAAGAAGAUGCUUCACUCAUGAGUGCGAAGUUCGAUUACACUUGUACAACGGUUUAUAUGAAGCCAUAUUGAAAAAUAUUGAAAUAGCGGCGUACAUAUUAGAGAUGUUAGUGCCGCACUUCAAGACCUUUUUUGAAUCAGACGAGAACGUCGUGUUACCAGUUAAGCUAGACUUGUGUUUGGCUGUACAAGGGGACCAAGCUGUGAUACAGGAACCUCUGGCGGAACUGAUACUCAUGCUGCAAAAGAUUUAUAUCAAAUCGGCCCUAGUAAGAUCAUCUUUUGUAGACGAAUUGGCUAUUAUCUUGGAAUCUCUUUGCAAACGGAUGCCGCGGCUUGAGACAGAACACCUAAGUCUGGACGACAAGCUUGACUUGAGCAACUCUAGCAUCAAGGCUCAAGAAAAAUUGCAGAGUGUUCUGUUAACGAUAAAAAUUUACGAAGCUCUCAUAUCCUUUAGAAUUGACGCUUGGUCCGUAAACUGUACAGAUACCGCGCAAAAUAUUAAAAGUUUAUUCAAAGGAUACAUGAGAUUCGUCGAAUUUACUAAGCACAUACCAAAGGCUAAAAAAGGAGAGGGGAAAAAUAAAAGGACACAGACCGACGCAAAUACUACCAAGAAAGCCGUCCGGCUGGGUAAUAUAAAAUUACCGCCUAGUAUCAUGGAUCUGUCUACAGUGCACAAAAGUCUGUCGCUCUUUUAUUUGAAAUCCAUCCCCUGGGCAACUGCGGAUCAAGUAGCCGUGUUGAUAGAUCACAAUGAUUUCUAUCAUUACGUUCUGCGGACACUGUUGCAAAUUUUGCAGAAUGUUAAACUGUUGACGGAAUACAAUUUACGAAAGCAUAAGGAACAAUAUAUGAAGACUUACUUCGAAAUUGGAAAAUUGUUGUAUGAUCACAUUGUACUGGAUUUAAACAAAGUCCUCGAUGCGGACGAACAGGGCACUAUAUUAGCAUUGGAAUGUUUCAAAGAAUUAUGUUGCUUAAUCUGCACCUAUUUCUCUUCUGAAUUGCCGCACUUUCUCAGCACUGUCAUUUCUAAUAAGUCAACCCAGGUGGAAAAUCUUAAUGGACAAUUAGAAAGCAUGACUGCUGCUUUACGUGCGAGCUUCAGGACAUUCUUCGGCGAGAAAGAGGAACACGAGGAGAAUUCCAAAAAGAUACUUGGCAUAUUAUUGGAUAUUAUAUAUCAACUGACGCAGGAGAUCAAUUUUUAUGAAACAAAUGGCGUUGAAGUGUUUGACUCGAUGAUGAAAUUCACACAAUUGGAAAAUAUGGAUCCUCAAGCUUCUUUGACUAUUUUCCAAAUUCUGUUAUGGAUAGAAGAACAUAGCAAGGAAUAUGGCGAGUUAUUAAUCGAUAUUGCUCUUGCGUUGUGCGAGAAAAUGGGUAGCAUCGACAAGGAGGUUGAGGUACCGGAAAACAACAACUUCAAAAUUAUCCACGAGGAUACAGCGGACAAACUUUAUAAUUUAGUAAAUAGCGCGGUAAAAGAGAAAUUGGACAAUGUAUCUUGGUUGUUGGUGCGUCUUAGGGCCGAGCAAAAUAUCGUUUGCUCGCCUGGCACGGAUCUCGAAGAACAUCAAGAAAAACUGAGAACCGAAGAACGCAGUUUGUGCAGGCAGCUGUCGCACGUUAUACAAAUACUUUACACAUUAGCUAACGUCGCUAUUAAACCGGGACCGUCCACGGACAUUAUGUUUAAGAAUUUACAAGUCUUGUACAACCUACUUAGCAAUCUUACAAAAUAUUUCUCUGGAAAGUCCAGUAAACAAAAUGCAGCGUUUCAAUCAGUGAAAUUUAUUCAAGUGAUCCAGUCAGCUGGGAAGCCAUUGAAGUCCGCGUUCUAUAAUUUAAUAACUCAUACUGAGGAAAAUCAAAGUGCAUCCAAGAAAGCUGAUUCACACAUGCAACGAAACAAGAUUUUGAAGGAGACCAAAGUUAUACCGCGUGUGGUAUUUGAAAUCGAGCAAUUUUACAACGAGGUCUUGUCACUCGAUAAGAAGACCGGCAUUCCGCUCGAGGCUUACAUAAAGCACAGCAUAACGCGAGACUUCCGUAUAAAAAAUACACAAUUGACGGAAGCACUGGAGAAGAUGGAUAUAAGCAUGCUUGAGACACAGAACUCUCGUCGCAGCAACAACGCAUCUAAUGAAGAUAUAAAUGAUAUAGCCAUCGAAUCGCCUACAGAAACACCUGCGAAACGCUCUAGAAACAACGACGUGCCCUCGAAAUCGCCUACGGAAUCACCGCCUUUGAAACGCUCUAGGAGACUGUCGGAAUCUUGAAGCCACGAGUGCCUUGUCUGAAAAGACUGUACAUAUCUUCGAGCUUUUUAAUACAAACUUCACUUUUAUAUUAUGUGACAAAUUUAAUUCUAUAUCAUAUGACAAGUUUUUUUUUUAUACAAAGUUAUUACAUCAGGAGUCGUAUGCAAAGAGUGAGUUUAUUAAAUAUACUUGUGUUACUACAAUAUGUCGCAUCAAAGUAAUAAACUAAAGUACAACUCA